GUCCCGUCAGCAUUUAAGCUCGUGCAAAAUUGUAAUAUGAAAGAAAGGCUAUAAUAAUAAUAAAAAAAAAAUCGAACGUUGCGCUUUCAAAAAAACUUUAUUAAAAUAUGUAUCUAAAUGAAGGAUGCUUCAUCUUCGAUUAUAAUUGUCCAGAAAAGUUUAAGUUUUCAGAUAAACUGUGGUGACAUAGCCUAUGUAGAAAAUUGUUGUUAAAUUUAUCCGUAGAUAUAUUAAAGUAAUCGAGGCACAUAAAUGCUUAGUUGUUCUCCAAAAUGUCCCACAUUGAGACGUCAAAUUAGGGAAGAAGUUAAAAAAUCAGGUUGGACAGAUGAAUAUAUGCGAAACAUCGUCGAUGUCCAGAGAGUGGACAUCGCAGAGGAUUGGGAUCGAAAGGUGAAACCGGAUCCACGUAAAGGAAUACGUAGAAUACCAAUAAAUUCUCUUAGAAGGGUUACCGAAGAGCCAACGAUAGAACAUGACGAUCGAUAUAAGGAGAAAGAUAAACGGGCAGAUUAUCCCAAUAAAAUAGUUCAAAAUUCUAUACGUAUCACUGAUUACAAAGAAGUUAUCGAUAAGGAUGAAAUUCCUUUAGCUUCAUUGAAACAAGAAACUAUUUAUUAUACGGAAGAAAGGGAAAUCACUCGUAGAGCUUCACCGUUGAUAGUUGAAAGAAUUAGUCCUGAAGUAUCGAAGCCACGAAUACCGAAAGAAAAACAAAUCGAAAGUCCGAUCGAAGAUCAGAUUUACGAGGAAGAACAGGUGGACGAUACUGCAAUAAUCUAUUCUAGGAUCGAUUCUAAAGAAAUCGAUCACAAAGAAAUUUCUAGGAUACCUCCUGAUAGAAAAAUAACGAUAAAGGAACAGGAAAAAAUCGGCGAAGAAGUGGACGAUAAGAUAAAAAUUAAACGUAGAGACGAUUCCCCAGAUAGUUAUUACAAAUAUACACCUAAGGAACUUCCUAGCGACUGGCCGCACGAUGGUUGUGACGAGGCUUGUCUCGCAAGAGUAUUAAAAGAACAUGCCGAAAAGUUGUUGCAAGAAAAGAAGAAGAAGGAUCAUUAUUUGACGACAGGAUUAAGUUAUUUCGACGACGUUUGUACCUGUUCCCUUAGUUGUAUGAUAUAUAAUUUGAAAAAAGAUCGUUUCGUACGUAGUAUAUUAACGUCCGCAAUUUUAUUCUCCUUUGGUAUAAAACUAUGUUCGGAAUUAUAUGGCUGGUACUUACCCAAUCGCACUUGACAAAAUCAAGGCUAACUUUUACGAGGGAAUGAGAGAACAGAAAAAAAAAAAAAAAAAAAAAAAAAAAGAAAAGAAAAGAAAAGAAAAAGAAAAGAAAGAAAAAAAAGAUCACUUUAAUGAAAAUAAAUAUGAUUGAACAUUUGUUUAAUAUCUCGCAAUUUUUUGUUUCAAAAGUAUUCUAAUUGUACAAAGCAAAGCCAUUAUAAUCGAUAACGCAAAAGCAACAAAGACAUAAGGGAUGACCAAGUGAAAAUGAAAAAGAUCUUCUCGAACGAUCUUUUCUUUGGGAAGAUUAACUCUAAAGGAAAUGUCAUUUUCCCAAUCGAUGGUAUUAUUAUGAGUUUUAACGCUUCUAGAUCUUCUGUUAUGACCUGCUGGACAAUUCAAAAUACAAUCCGGUCCUUCUAAACAACCCGUUACCUUAACAGUUAAAAAUAUCUCGUCGUUCUCUUUCAUAUUUUCAAACAUGAAAGCUUGAAAGAUAAGAUAAGUUUCCAAAGGCGAUAUUCGAUACUGUUCUCUCGAACAAAUCUUUCGAACAUCCGGAUUCAAACAUCCAUUGGUAUCCAAAAUCCAUAAACUGUUCAUUAUUUUCUUUCGUUGUCUCUUUUCUAUAUAAUGAACCGUCAAUUCACCGAUCCUCGAGUAUUGCCAGCCUGGAAAUAAAAUUAUAUAUCGAUCUCUAUUACGCAUAUCUCAUUAAUUUUUUCAUUAAAGAAUAUUUUUACCAUUUCCAUCUCGCACGAGAACGCGCAAUAAUACUUCUUCUCCCAAAAUAACGGUAUCUCCGGACUGUAUUCUAGUGUCAAAAACUUUCUCGGAAUGAAAUGUCUUUCGAAACAGUCCGACGUCGAUCUCCAAAUUAUUUUGAGAGCCACCAGUAAAAACGCGAGGUACCAUUCUCGCCGAUCUAAAAUAUAAGAGCAAACGUAUAUAACGCGAUGGUAAAGACGAAAAAUCAUGAUUAUCGACUUUACGUUAAUUGUUCUCACGUAUCGAUAGUCUUCACAUUGAUUUUUUUCGUACGAGAAACAAUCUUUUCUUGUACUUUGCAACGCAAAGUGAUCUUCGUGUCGUCUUUCAAUCUAAGACCCGGUAUCAGUGGAAAUCUUAGAUCGAGACAGUAGAAUCUUUCGGUUUCCGUCGAACAUGCAACAACGCCGCAAUGUCGAAAUCGUUCCUUUUCUAAAUUGAUCGUGUACUCGUUUUUCACUCUUGUAAAUUUACAUACCUCAUCCUCUACAUUAUCUAUCACGGGCGAUUCCAUCGACGUAGUCGUUUUUACGGAUGCUCUGAAAAAAAAAAAAAAAAAAAAAUUAUGUUGUCAGAUAACCAUUACGAGAGGGAUAUCGUUCAAACCGUUAUUCCAAUAUCAUACUUAAAAAAUACAUCGUCAUCCGUAUCGCGACAAGAUAUUUCUUCUAUUUGGAUGUCAUUCUCUUGCGAUAACGAUAUAUCGGCAUUACUUAUGCUUUCGGUCGUACUCGAGUGAACCCGUUGAGAGGAUCUGACUUGCAAAUGAGAAGAUGGUCGCCGAUAAUAAUAUCGACCUUCUCGUCCAUUGACUCCAAAUGGAAUCUUUUCGUUGUUCUCCAUAGCAGUUGAAUCGAUCGUUAGAGAAAACGACGUGUUCUUCGAUGUUUCGUCCAUUUCCAUUAUUCGAGGAAUAUUCGUCGUCUCUUCGAACGGUACAUAAUGAUUCACCACUCCGGAGUCAUUGUAUUUUCGAGAGAAAUUGAUCAACACUGUAUCCUGCGGCUCUAAGGAAGCCGCACAGUCGAACGACAAUAUUGUUAAUACGAUCAGCAACAGGUAGUUACGCGUCUACGAUAUCGAACAGAAAAGAAAAUAAUUAAAAUUCUUAAGAUCGAUAGAAUAUUGAAGGACAAAUAAACGUCUCCGUUCGAAAUAAUAAUCAACUAUAAAUUUUCCACCUGUCCUAUUCGCGUCGAUAAGAAUUUCUCUGCGAUAACAUGUAAUAAUAUCGAAUCGUGGUAGGACCGUGUCAUUUUCGUAAGAUCAACUACAAAAGACUGGCAAACUUAUAGAGUUUGAUGAACGCUUUUAAAGGUUCUCCUUUUAUUCAAGCGAUACCUUUGUCACAUUGUUCGUGGUGUGUGAAUUUAUGGGGACACCAACGAUGUCCAUUAUUAGGUACAUACGAUCUUUCGUGAUUCGACUGAUGAAGGAGUACUUAGCAUAAAACAUUAUCUGUAUCCUCGAUUUUAACGUCGCGUCUCCCCAUUAACGUCGAUAUCGGAUUACUCUGUAUGCGUUCGUCUGUGUAUUCGUUCGUCGUAUAAACCAGCGGUAUUAUAUUCCAAACAAUUCGGGUCAAAGAAUUUCUUUCAAGAGAAAGAUUACACGAGACGCAUAUGUACGAAUUACGAAUGGUUUCUAAUUGCGUUUCUUUUGUCCUUUAUAUUUAUCCUAAACUCAUUGUCAAAAGAAAAAAAAAGAAAAACCUUACAACUAAAUUACAAUUAUAGGGAAAUAAUUAGAAUAACAAAAUGAUAGAAUUUUAUUCGAAUUACACGCAUGACAAAAAAUGUUAUUAUUGAUGUGAUAAAAUGAGAAAAAAAAAACGAAUAAAAAAAAAUGCUCCAGGUGAGGCUCGAACUCACAACCCCGGCAUUGCUCACGAACACUGUCUUAUAAGUACCGUGCGCUAACCAAUUGCGCCACUGGAGCGCUUGGUAAGAGGAUCGCUAAAAUAAUUUUUCAGUUACAAAUUUGUUAAAUCUAAAAAUAAAAUUAUUAGAUCAUAUAUUCUUUUUAUAUAUGUAUGAUUAAUCAUCGCAAUUAAUGAUUUUAAACAAAAAUUCCUCGAAAA